AAGUGCCCAAAUAGUGAAUUUAAAUAUUAUUUUUCUUUUUUGAAAAUAACCACGAAUUGUUACAAAUACGGCGAACCAACCAAGUUUUCGCUCGGCGAAAACUUUAUAUCGCAAUUUUUGUCAUCGACGACUAGCACGCUACUCGUUUUCAGUAUACGAUUUCUAUACACAAGUAAUAUUUUUAUCAAUAUCUGAAUAUUUGUGAGGAUUUUCUUAAGUAAAGGAGUGGAAGGAAAAAGUACUGAAAAUGUCGAAAAAACAUCUUCACAAUCAAGCGGCUAUACCGUUAGCUCCGGCGGUGUUUAAGAAACCUCAAAUGCGGCCGAUGAUAGUUGAAUAUGACCCCAAGAAAAAAGGAGUCAAAAAUGAUUUAUCAGAUGUCGUUAUGGUCAAGUACAAAGUUGACCCAAAUGAGAUCCCAGUGGAACAACAGGCGGGCUCCACCUUGCCCCUCAUGGAGAUCCCAGGCAGGGAUGUUGAGGCAGAUGAGGACUAUAACCCUUUCGAGCAUAGAAAACUGGCGCAUCCAACAUCGGAUAUGGAUACGCUUAUCCAUUUGCUGAAAGGAUCUCUCGGCAGUGGAAUCUUGGCAAUGCCUAUGGCGUUCCGUAACGCUGGUCUCUACUUCGGGUUAAUUGCUACGUUUGCCAUCGGAGGUAUUUGCACGUACUGCGUGCACGUACUGGUGAGGACAGCACAUGAGCUGUGCAGGCGGAUACAAAAGCCAUCAUUAGGAUUCGCUGAAGUUGCUGAAGCUGCCUUCUUAUCUGGUCCACCGGCUGUGCAUAAAUUUUCACGACUUGCCAAAGCUAUGAUAAACUGGUUCCUUGUGAUUGACUUACUGGGAUGCUGCUGCGUCUACAUUGUGUUCGUUGCCAAAAAUGUAAAGCAAGUGGUCGACGUGUAUGCCAAAGAUACCGACUGGUAUGGCGUAGACGUUCGUGUCUACAUGGCAGUUCUACUUCCUCUUCUAAUUCUUAUGAACUUGAUAAGGAACCUGAAGUACCUGGCGCCAUUCUCAAUGAUUGCGAAUUUACUGGUCGGCACUGGAAUGGGAAUCACUUUCUAUUAUCUUUUCCAAGACAUUCCCAGUUUGAGUGAACGUCUGCCCUUCACUCGUGUGGAGCGCUUACCGACCUUCUUCGGAACUGCCAUCUUUGCCCUUGAAGGAAUUGGUGUUGUCAUGCCCUUGGAAAACAACAUGAAGACUCCCACUCACUUCAUCGGAUGCCCUGGCGUGCUUAACACUGGUAUGUUCUUCGUGGUGUCUCUGUACGCAUUUACUGGAUUCUUUGGAUACCUGAAAUAUGGAGAGAACACCCAGAGCAGCAUCACCCUGAAUCUGCCUCAAGAAGAAGUACUGGGUCAAUGCGUGAAACUCAUGAUCGCUGUCGCCAUUUUCUUCACCUACAGUCUUCAGUUCUACGUACCAAUGGAAAUUAUCUGGAAAAAUGUUCGCCACUGGUUCGGGGCCAAGAAAAACCUUGCUGAAUACAGCAUCCGAAUUGGAAUCAUCAUCCUGACUUUGUCCACGGCUAUCGCCAUCCCUAAUCUUGGACCUUUCAUCUCACUGGUCGGCGCUGUCUGUCUCUCAUUCCUUGGUCUCAUUUUCCCUGCUGUUAUCGAAACUGUAGCUUUCUGGGACAGACCCAACGGUCUGGGUCGUUUCAACUGGAUUCUCUGGAAGAACAUGUUCUUGGUAUGUUUCGGAAUUCUCGGUUUCUUAACGGGAGCAUACGUCAGCAUUUUGGAUAUAAUCCAUGGUGAGGAAUAAGAACAGACGCGCAUGACCAUUUCAUAGAAUAAGCUCAAUAGAUAUGAUUUUAAGUUAAGGCCGUUUUUUAUAAGUGUAACAAUGGCUUCGAUGGGUUAAAUUGAUUUAAUAUACCUGAUUUCCAUUAAGAAAUAUUUUUGUAAUAUCUACUAGUGAUUUUAUAUGUUGAAUUCAUAUCAUUAAUAAAAAAAACUUUUCAAUAUUUGAAAGUACCGAACUCUGCACAAAACUCAUCAAAACUUUGUUUUAUAAAAUUGUCGACGCAAAUUAUUGUAAUGUUAAUUAUCGCUUUUAGAAUUUUUAUACUAUUUGUGGUUAUCGCCACAAUAAUUUUGUAUAGCAAAGUUGUAUUAUCUACAUAUAAUUGAGUUAUUGUAUUUUAAUGCUCAAUUUGUAUAACGAUAACGUGAGAUUAGAAGUAUCUACCUACUAAUUUACAUUUUGAUUUGAAAAUAGUUGAUGCGAAGCAGGUUGUGUAUUCUUAUAUAACUUUCAUUUAUUUAGCCCCGAAACUCUGUAGCCAUUUUAGUUGUAAGCGAAAUGUAGAUAAAUCUACUUUUAUUGAAAUGCGUGACAAUUUGUUUAGUGCAUUAUUGAAAUGUGAUACGUGUUUAGGUUAAAUAAAAGGCAUUAUGGUAUUGGAAAAAUGACUUUUAAAACAAAAUUAAUGGUUUCGAAAAUAGACAAUAUUAUUAAUAAUAAAUGUAACUAGUUUUUAGCAAAAUUUUCGAGCUAGGCUACAGCUUGCCGAGUCUUUAAAAUGGAUUACAAUUUUGGGGUCAAAUAGUAGAAACAUUAUUCGUGAUAAUAAUGAUGACAUUUCCAUUACCAAAAAACCAUAUUAUAGUUAAGUAUAUAACUGCUUAUGUAGUAUAAAUAUUCAUAUCGAGCUUUUUGGAAAAUUAUGAACUGAAGCAUUUAUCUAUACUUACGUACCUAUAGGUACACAUACAAGAUCUUCCAUCGAGAACAUUAUUGUUAUAGAAUUAAAACAAAAAACUCUGGCGAAAAUGUUGGUAAAAUCUCAAUAUUAGAUACAUUAUAUGUACCUAAAGACUGGUUUAUAAUAUUGUAUUUUUUUAUUGUCACAAAAAAUAUAUUCUCAAUCGUCCUUCGUUGUCUCAAAAUUAAACUCUAGAGUUAAGAAGAUAAGAUUAUAAACGGGUUGCACUUUCAGUUGAAUUGAUUACGUGCUGAUUGGUGAAGCAGCCUUGUUGUUCCUCGUACAAGUUUGAUUCUGAAUAUUUAUUUAGACACUAACAGAGCGAAUGUUUAUACGAAUGACUAAAUUUGUAAGAUUAAAGAAACCUAUUAUCGUGUGAUAGUCAUUCUGAAUUAAUUGAUAGGUAUAAGCGUUUAACUAGCUAAAGUUGGGAUGUUUACCCAACUUUAAAAAAAAUGAUUAUUGUUAACUAAGGACGUAUUGUUCAUCCCCGCUGUUUUGGCUCUUUUAUUUUACCCAACUUGUUGGCAAUGAGGGUAAUGUGUUUUAGGAAGAUGAUUUCGACUUCCGACGUAUAUGAACAUAACCACAGCAUUUGGGGAAACACCUAAUAGUGAUUUAAUGUAUGUUAAAAAUCAAUUAGACUUCUAGUAACUAUAAUAUGUCCCAUGAAAUACAAUUUCACUAAAUUUUCAUACAUAGUUGAUGUCAAUUCAGAAUCUGAAACAUAUUUUCUAAAUUCAUAUAUUUUUUUAUUUUUCAAGGAGUUUAAAUAUUGUGAUUAUUUGCUACACAGAUUAUACUUUAAAAAAUGGAACUAUUCAUGGGAUGUCAUUCCUAUAUAUUUGGUAUUAUGUACCAACCUACCUAUUUUAGAUACAUAGAAGUGGUUGUUUUGUUACAGUAUUAAAUAAAUACGAUUUAAGGACA